GAUCGGACAUCCGAGAAGUUCGCGUACAGCUGCGGAGCACCUAGUAAUAAAAUACGGGAAAGGUGUUUUUCAGCAUUUGUUUUAUACAGGGCGUUUACAAUAGCGCACGUGGCAGCCGCACCGAGCUUCAUCGGGGUCGUCGUGAAGGUGCAGUGAUCAAUGCCGUCCAACGUGGAGUUGAAAGCCCGGCUAGCUGACCGCUGCCGCUUGGUCCAAGUUGUCCGUACCAUGGCACACGCGCACUCGGCGCUGCGUCAGCAGGAUACAUACUUCGGCGCAGCACGAGGAAGGCUUAAGCUGCGCUUGCAGGAGCUACUCGCCGAUAACGGAGAGGCUCAGGAUGAGACCGCCACGCUGUACUUCUACGACCGGCCGGACACGGUGGGCCCUAAGCGCAGCGACUACGAGUUCAUGCGGUUCUCCACCAUUGAUGAGGCAUUGGUCCUGAAGAGGCUGCUCUCCCGAAGCAUGGGCGUGCGUGGCAUUGUGCAAAAAAGGCGGGACCUCUUCCUCGUCGGCCAGACGAGAGUGCAUGUGGACACCGUGGAGGGUCUCGGCGACUUCGUCGAGCUCGAGGUUAUGCUGGAAGAGACGCAGACGACAGAAGAUGGCCAGGCCAUCGCCGAGGGUCUUUGCAAGGAACUAGGUAUAGGUGACGAAAGCCUCAUCUCUGGCUCGUACAUCGACAUGCUGCCUCAUCAACCACUGUGGCAAUAAAGUCUC